CGAAUCGCAGCGCUGUAUAUGGCAUAUCGGCUCUAACUGAUCGCACUUCAAGGCAUUGCGGAGGCCAUCGUCAAAAAAGCGGAUUUGAAGCAAAGCGAUGUAGGUUGGCAUUGAGGAGUGCGCCUCUGGAGUACGCCACGGGAGCGCACCCUUAUUAUUUUAUUUCGUUUGCCGCUGCUAACACCGACUGUUCGCGUCCCUCUAGGUCGUUUUGGAAAUCGGUCCCGGUACGGGUAAUCUUACUGUCAAGAUCCUCGAAAAGGCGAAGAAGGUGAUCGCGGUGGAAUUGGACCCUCGAAUGGCGGCCGAGGUCACGAAACGUGUGCAAGGAACGCCGUCGCAGAAGCGCUUAGAAGUGAUUCUGGGAGAUGUGAUGAAAACGGAGCUUCCGUUCUUCGAUGUCUGCAUCAGCAACACCCCGUACCAAAUUUCGUCUCCCCUUACGUUCAAACUCCUCGCCACUUUGCCCGCGCCCAGGGUCUGCAUUCUCAUGUUUCAGCGUGAAUUCGCCCUGCGACUGUUUGCCAAACCAGGCGACAAGCUCUACAGUCGACUGUCGGUCAAUGCCCAGAUGUGGGCUAAGAUUGAUCAUAUCAUGAAGGUCGGAAAGAACAACUUCAAGCCCCCGCCGCAGGUUGAAUCCAGUGUUGUCCGCCUGGUCCCCAAGAAUCCGAGACCGCAGAUCGAUUACAACGAGUGGGAUGGACUGUUGCGGAUCGUUUUCGUCAGAAAGAACAAGACCAUCCGGUCCAGUUUCCUCGGAACGACCUCCGUCAUGGACAUGCUGGAAGCCAACUACCGGACGUGGUGUGCACAGAACGAUAUUCCUGUCGAGGAUGGGCCGGCGGAGAAUGCGGGACCGGAUGCAAUGGAGGAAGACGACCUGCACAAUGAUGAUGCGGAUGAGCCUGAGGAAGAAGCCAUGGAGGUGGAUGACGACGACGACGUGCCCGAUUUCUUCAAGGAACAAGCCAACGCCCGCAUCCAGGAAGCUCUCAGGAGUCGGCCGGCCCGCAAGAAGAAGGGCAAGGUGGCAGAGCUCGUACGGGAGAAGAUCCGCCAGGUAUUGGAGGAGGAGACAAAGCUUGGUGAAAAGCGUGCACGAAUGUGCGAUGAGAAUGAUUUUCUAAAGUUGCUGUGGGCCUGCAACCAAAAGGGGUUCCAUUUUAGUUGAGGCGGGAUCCUGAGAGAAAGAUUGGAAUUGCUUGGCCUCCCCAUAUUGUCAAAUCUUUGAAAGUCAUGAAUUAACGAUUAUCUUCACUGAAAGCCAUUCUCGGGAGACCGGUCUCCGGCCGGGCGCAAAUGAGCGCGGGAGUCUUGAAAGAGACUCUGCCAAAUGAAAGCUUCGCUUAAUAGGAGUUCAAUAUCCUUCUCGGUC